CCGGAGCCGGUGCGGCUGAGAGGGGCCGCGUCUCGCCGCCGCCGCCGCCGGCCGGUCGGGCAUGGUGUUGGGUGCCGGGCCCGCCUCGCCUGUCUCGGGGUGCCCAGGAUAAAGGUAGCAGUAAUGCUGACGCUGGCGAGCAAACUGAAGCGGGAUGACGGUCUCAAAGGGUCCCGGACGUCAGCCACGGCCUCCGACUCCACUCGGAGGGUGUCUGUGAGAGACAGGCUGCUUGUGAAAGAGGUUGCCGAGCUUGAAGCUAAUUUACCCUGUACGUGUAAGGUGCAUUUUCCUGAUCCAAACAAGCUCCACUGCUUUCAGCUAACGGUAACCCCAGAUGAGGGUUACUACCAGGGUGGAAAAUUUCAGUUUGAAACUGAAGUUCCUGACGCGUACAACAUGGUGACUGAGGAGUCUGGCCCCACAGAACGCCGCACUCCCUCAGGAAUGAAAGCAGUGUCCUCAAGCAAGGGCACGGAGGGGCCUCUCUGGGGGGACCCAGGCCCGGCGGCUGCCAGCACCUCUCCCCACCGCAGCCCUGCGGCCCCUCUGCCUGUUCCCUCUGCUCGUCCAGGCUGAGGCGGCGCAGCGGUCUUCCCGCUAGGCCGAGAACAGGGUGGGGGCAGCGGGGACACUGUCCCCAGGAACUCGUGCUCGACUGGUCCAGAGGUAUUGUGCCUGUGGUUUUGUAUCAACCUUGCUUAGCCAGCUCCUCGGUGUCUCUUUCCGCCAGACUGGUGGCUCCCGGAAGCAGGUCUGGUGCGGCGUCGUACAGCGCAUUUCCACUGCCCACCACAUGCGCACUUGUCCCUCGGGGGGCGCGCUGCCCGCCCCAACCUGCGUGCAGAAGAGGAAGCCCACGUGUGGAAAUGCGUGGGCUCCCGGCACUUGGGGCGGAGACUGGGAGAGUAAACUGUGGGUGCCCUUGUGACUCAUUUGCAUGGGGAGCCACCAGCCUGAGAGGGCAUCCUGAGCCCCGCGCCCACUUGCUCUUGCGCCUUCGUGUUCUUCUAGGGACUUGUCCACCACCCCUGACACUGACAGCUCCCGUGAUGACCGUCACUUGUGAGGACUGGGAUUCGGAAACACCUUGCAUCAGUAAAGUAGUUCACUAUUUUAGAACAAACUUAUAAACAUUCUUUGUGGAAGAAAGAAAGAAGAAAAUGCCUAUUUGGUACUCAUGCCCCCUCAACGGCCCAGCACCCCUGCAGCUAAAGUUCAGAGUGCCCUUCAGCUUCUUGUGCUCUUGUCCCCGAACUUGACCUCACAGCCUCAAGCCCGCCUUGGAGUCUCUGUCUUAGAUAUCGGCUGAACUCAUUUAAUGACAUGAAAUAAACUUUUUUUUUAAGUUUAUUUAAU